UGGGUCUAUUGCCGUUGGGGCUAAUGUAGAAUGGUUUGUUGGUAUGGGUGCGAAAUUUGGAAAAUUUUUGACGAAAAUUUUUCUUAAAAUAUCAUCGACGUUAAGAUAAAAUCAGCCAGAACAAUCACUGUGCUCACACAGCUCGAUCCGUUCAGACAACAAGACACAACCUAGCACCAUGGCCGAUGAGAAGAAGAAGGUUAAGAAGAAGAAGACCAAGGAAGAAGGUGGCGCUUCGGAAACCGCAUCCGAAACUGUCUCUGAGGCAGCAACCCCUGCCCCAGCUGCUACCCCAGCACCCGCCUCCACUACUGGCUCCAAGAGAGCUUCCGGUGGUAGCCGUGGCUCCAGAAAAUCUAAGCGCGCUGGUUCCUCCGUCUUCUCUGUUUUCUCCCAAAAACAAAUUGCUGAAUUCAAAGAAGCCUUCCAACUUAUGGAUGCUGACAAGGAUGGUAUCAUUGGCAAGAACGAUUUGCGUGCCGCUUUCGAUUCCGUAGGCAAAAUUGCCGCCGAUAAGGAAUUGGACUCUAUGUUGGGCGAAGCCUCUGGUCCCAUCAACUUCACCCAAUUGUUGACCUUGUUCGCCAACCGCAUGGCCAGCUCUGGUGCUAACGAUGAAGAUGAAGUUGUCAUUGCUGCUUUCAAAACAUUCGACAAUGAUGGUCUCAUCGAUGGUGACAAAUUCCGUGAAAUGCUCAUGAACUUCGGUGACAAAUUCACCAUGAAGGAAGUCGAUGAUGCUUUCGAUCAAAUGGUUAUCGAUGAUAAGAACCAAAUCGAUACCGCUGCUUUGAUCGCUAUGCUCACCGGCAAGGAGGAAGAAGAAGAAGGUGAAGAAGCCGCCUAAGAUGUUAAUUAACGUAUAGAAUAUAAAUUUUUGUACACCCACCAUCACCAUUUUUUUUUCACAUCUAUUAAGCACUUCUUACUUUUAACUUUUAACUCCUUAAGAAACAAAAUUGAAAAAAAAAAUAUUAAAAAACACCAAAAAAAAUAUUAAAAAAAUUAAUAAAAAAUAAUAAUUUGUUUUAAUAAUUUGAAAACCUUAAAAAAAAACAAACAAAUAUUUUUUAAAAAUUAAUUUCAUUACAAACUAGAAUGGGCAAGGGGGAGAAGAAUUUUCAAACUUCUACCCCCACCGACCCUCUACAGAGAGAGAGAAAUUCUCUAUGAAAGUUUUCUUAAAUAUUUUUUUUAAACAAUUUCUUUAUUGCUUAUAGAAUAGAGUCAUGUUUUGGCAAGCUUUGAGCGGUUAAAACUUUUUUAAUCCUGAAAAAAAUGUUUAUUUAAAAAAAAAAGUUCGUUGUUUUUUGUUUAGUUACUAGUUAAUUGAAAUAUUUUAAAGAAAAACUUAUUUAACAUUUUUUUGACAAACUUUUAAAACGUUUAUUUCGUUAAUAACACUACUACGUUAAACAUAUAUUUAUUUUAUUUAAACAAGUUGUUUCUAGAAUUUAUAGCAAUUACCGAUUUAAAGGCACAAUUUAUGUUAUAUUAUUAAUUAUAUACUAACCACAACAACAACUACAUAUUUAUUUAUAUAUAUAUCAACAGAAAAAUCUAUUAAUGUUUCCCCAAAAAACUAUGUAUUAAUAUAACGUUAGCAUUAUAGUAAACAAAGCUCUCCUUAAAGCAAAAUUAUUACUCAACAAGAGAACAAAAUGUUAGAGUUCAAAAAGAGAACCUAGGAAAGAGUACUGGUUUUGUUAUUGAUGUGAAAUGAUAACCCAAAAAAAUCAAAUUAAGAGAGACAAAUGCGCUUUUUUUAUUAUAUAAAUUUAAUAAUUUAUAUUUUUAAAGAGAGACAGACACUAACUUUAAAAUACUCUUCUUAAACACAAAAGAAAAAUUGUUGAAACAUGUCAAUUAAAAAUUAUUUAUUUAUUUAAUUAAUCAAUUAAUUAUUUUACUAACACACACACUUAUUUAAUCACAAGUUAAAUAUUUAACCAAAAAUUUCGUUAUUUUAAAAAAUUAUUCAAAAUGUUCUUUACUUUUUCUAUUAACUUUUAAGACAAAACACUACAAUUUUCAAAAGAAAUUGUGCGAAAACAAAAAAUAUCAUAUGAAAAUCGUUUAAAAAACUAAAUACUAUAUAAACUCUGUUCCUUAGUUAAGAAAAAAACUUAUUAAAAACAAAACAACAUUUAACGUAUUUAUCUAAUCGUUUAAAACAUUUAUAAAACAAUAAAAUGUGACUAAUAUUUAAGUAAUUAAUUGCUUAAUAAUUUAAAAAAUUCAUAACAUUUUUUUACAUUUAAGCAAAAAUAAUUAACUAACAAUCAUUAUAAUAAUAAUAAUAAUACUUAAUAAUCAUGUUAAACAAAACACAAUUUUUAUAAAAAUUAAAAAAACAAACACUUAAGCAAAUUUACUUUAAACAUUUUUUUGCUUUUUAGUCUAUAAGUUCUAUAUCAUUUAUUCUCAUAUUAUAAUUCUCAAAUACUCUGGUAUAAGUUUUGAACAAAAAGUUUUUCUACUUAAUUUGUUUGCAAAACAAAACCUUAUAUUUUUUUAAAAUUUUCUUAAAUUAAUUAAUAGAACACAAGAGCAUAAAGCAACAUCUUGUUAUUUAUUCUUUUAUGGCUUUUUGCCAAAAAAGUAAAAAAUCUUAAAGAAUCUCUGUUCUAUUAUUGUUAAGGAAAAUCGAGAAGAAAAAAAAAAAACAAAAACACUUAUCUGAAACAAUAUAUAAACUUAUAUUUAAACUUAUUUAUCUAACUAUUUAUAUAAUUGUUUGAAAACAAAACAAAACAUACGAAAAAAAAAAAUAAGUAUGAUGACUUGAUAUUGUAGAAAAUUCUAAAGAAAAGAAGGCUUUCAAUAAAAUCACAAACUAUCAGUCGUCUACGUAAAAAAAACAAGCACAAACAAAAA